AAAAAGGCGAGGAAGGAAGCGCGAGCUAGCGAGCCAGUGAAGUGAGGACUGAGGAGUUGGGGACUUGGGAGAAGCAAAUACAGUUGCUGAAAUCAAGGAGCACAAGAUCUUCUUAUCUACCGACGAACUGAAACCUCGCGCUGCCGAUCAAAUUGAUCGAUCCAUUCACCGAAGAUGAAGGGGAAGUCCACGAAGAGCUUGAAUCCUAUAAUCACUUUCGAGCACAAGAGGGACGCCUAUGGAUUUGCAGUCAGACCUCAGCACUUGCAGAGAUAUCGAGAAUAUGCUAAUAUCUACAAGGUGGAGGAAGAGGAGAGGUCAGAUAGAUGGGAAGACUUCCUAGAGAGGCAAGCAGAUUCUGCUCAACCACCAGUAAAUGGCAUAUCUGAGGAGGGAGGGAAUGCGGCAUCACAUACUGAAGCAACUUUGCAGGAAGCAAAUACUGUUGUGGAGAAUGUGGAAGAAGCUGAUUCAAGUGGCAAAAAAUCUGCUGCUGAGAAUUCGGUUGAUAAUGUCCCAGAAACAGAGGCUUCUGCAGAAAAGGAGACGAAAACCCACAAGGUUCAAAUUUGGGCGCAUAUUAGAAAAUCCCUUAUUUCCAUUGAAGAUAUGAUGAGUUUUCGUGUUAAGAAGAGGAAAAAUCUACUAAAGGAAGAGCAAGGAGUGGCCAAAAAAACCCAUCUUUCAGCGAUUGAAGAGGCAAGACCCUCAAAAGGGGCAUCAGAAGAGGACUCUGAGGAUGAGUUCUAUGAUGUGGAAAGAUCAGAUCCAGUUCAAGACACCUCCUCAAUGGACAAUGUGAACUCGAGUAGUGGUGGUGAUACAGUGUCUCCAGAACCUUUCUUUCCUUGGAAAGAAGAGCUGGAAAGCCUAGUUCGUGGAGGAGUGCCGAUGGCUCUAAGAGGAGAGCUAUGGCAAGCUUUUGUGGGUGUGAAGGCGCGGCGGGUGGAUGGAUAUUACCAAGAUCUGCUGGCUACAGAAGACAAUGCUCGGUUUGACAAGGACUUUGUCAGUGCUUCCAAUAGCACUAGCAAGGGAUCAAAUACAGACCAUAGUGCUAACGAAAAAUGGAAAGGGCAGAUUGAGAAGGAUUUGCCUCGGACUUUCCCUGGUCAUCCUGCUUUGGAUGAGGAUGGCAGAAAUGCUUUGAGGCAUCUACUUACUGCAUAUGCUCGACAUAACCCCUCUGUUGGCUACUGUCAGGCGAUGAAUUUCUUUGCUGGCCUGUUGCUACUUCUUAUGCCUGAGGAAAAUGCCUUUUGGGCUCUUGUGGGUAUUAUCGAUGACUACUUUGAUGGUUAUUACUCAGAGGAAAUGAUAGAAUCUCAGGUGGACCAACUUGUUUUUGAGGACCUCGUGCGUGAGAAGUUUCCCAAAUUGGUUAAUCAUCUUGAUUACCUGGGAGUGGAGGUGGCAUGGGUUACUGGACCCUGGUUCCUUUCCAUUUUUGUAAAUAUGCUUCCUUGGGAAAGUGUUCUUCGAGUCUGGGAUGUGCUUUUGUUUGAAGGAAAUCGUGUUAUGCUCUUUCGGACAACUCUUGCUCUGAUGGAGUUAUAUGGUCCUGCAUUGGUUACAACCAAGGAUGCUGGAGAUGCUGUUACUUUGUUGCAGUCCCUUGCUGGCUCAACGUUUGACAGUAGCCAACUUGUCCUGACUGCUAGCAUGGGUUACCAAACCAUAAAUGAAGCUCGAUUGCAAGAGUUGAGAGGAAAACAUCGACCCUCAGUGAUAGCUGCUAUGGAGGAACGGUCCAAAGGGCUUCGUGUCGGGAGAGAUUCUCAGGGUCUUGCAUCCAAACUAUACAACUUUAAGCAUGAUCCUGGAUCAUUGAUAAAAAAAACAAAUGCGGCAGAAAGGUUUGGUGAUCUACAGACAAAUGGGGAUCUAUAUCCUCUUGAUUCAGGGUCUGUUAAUUUGGAUGAAAUGCUUAGCAGUUUAACAGCGGACGGAGAAGCAGAUUCUCUUCCUGAUCUUCAAGAACAGGUAGUGUGGUUAAAGGUUGAAUUAUGCAGAUUACUCGAGGAGAAGAGAUCUGCUAUCCUCAGAGCUGAAGAGUUGGAGACAGCACUCAUGGAGAUGGUUAAGCAGGAUAACCGACGGCAAUUAAGUGCAAGGGUUGAACAGUUGGAGCAAGAGGUAGCUGAAAUACGGCAGGCCCUUGCAGAUAAACAGGAACAAGAACUUGCGAUGCUUCAGGUCCUAAUGCGAGUGGAGCAAGAACAAAAGGUGACCGAAGAUGCUCGUAGAUUUGCUGAGCAAGAUGCAACUGCUCAGAGAUAUGCUGCUAAUGUCCUUCAGGAAAAAUAUGAAGGGGCCAUGGUGUCACUUGCACAAAUGGAAAAGCGGGCAAUUAUGGCAGAAACGAUGCUAGAAGCUACCUUGCAAUACCAAUCUGGCCAAGUUAAAGUGCAACAAUCUCCCAGAUCGGUGAAUCAGGAUUCUUCACCAGGACGAGCUACUCAGGAGCCUGCACAGGAUAUACCCACGAGAAAAGUCAGUUUGCUUUCUAGACCAUUUGGACUCAGCUGGCGUGAUUGGAACAAGGGAAAGUUGAGCAAUCCUGAGGAGCAGAGUGAGGGCAAUUCUGACGAGUCAGGACAGAGCCCAGUUACACUGCAGAAAGACAUGGAUGGCCUACAAAAGCAAGAAAAAUAGGAUGCAAUUGAGGAUGAUCAAUUUGAGUGUGUUCUGAGAGCUCCCCAAGUUGCUCUCCUUCCACCUGGCUAAUGUUCUCAUAUCCUAAAUGAUUAAUACUGUGAGUUUUCCAUGCAUGAGCUUGUGUAAUACACCGACCAAUUUUAGGUAUGAGAGCUAUCCUCCUGUAUCAAUGUCAAUCCGUAGAGCUAAAAGAUCUAGUCAAUGUUAAUAAUUUAUUAGGCAGAAUCAAUAUAGUGACUUGGCCAUCAUUAUUUGUUGUUCAUUUAUUACUAAUAAUAGAUGAGAAAAAUAAACUUAAGUCA